AUGGAGUUCAUAGAGGUGGAUCUAAGUGCAUCUGACAGUGGAGAAGGGGAUCCCAAGGCAUCCAAGGAAGAUGAGGGGGUGGCCGAUGUGCCUGAAAACAACAGCAAGACCGGCGACAUGGAGGAGCCCAACCUGGAGGCAACGGAGCAACAAGAACCCAGGAGGUCGGAGAGGGCUACUAAGAGGGUGCCACCAGCCAGGCAGAAGGGGGGCAGAUGGACAUACGUGUUGGUGUAUGUGGACGACUUGGUCCUGUGCUAUGAGCAGGAAAGAAACAGCACAGAAAUCAUGCUCAAGUUGAGGCAGAACUUUGAGAUUAAAGAUCUGGGUCCAAUAUCACAUUAUCUGAGCAUACAGGUCAAGAAGGGGAAAGAUGAGAGCUUUCUCCUUAAACAGAGACAAAAGAUCGAAGAGAUGCUGCAAGAGUUUGGAAUGGCAGAGGCGAAACAGGUCAAUACUCCCAUGACCACAGAUCAUCUGAAGGGUCAAGAUGACAACACUCCACUACCGGACAACCAGCAGUAUCAAAGGGCAGUAGGUAAGCUGUUAUUCAUCGCAACAGUUACCAGGCCAGACAUCGCUGCAGCUGUGGGCAUCCUGAGUAAGAAGGUAGCCAACCCAUCUCAGCGUGACUGGAACAGAGUGAAGCGUGUGAUGCGCUAUCUGAAAGGCACUGUGGAUGCAAGGCUAAAACUGCCAAGAGGCACAUCCAUGGAACUGAUUGGGUUUGUGGAUGCAGACUGGGCAGGCGACGAGUCAGACCAUAAGUCUACAUCGGGAAGCCUGUUCAUAUACAAUGGCGGGACCAUCAGUUGGGCCAGUAAAAAGCAGGUGGUUGUAGCCAUGUCUUCCACAGAAGCGGAAUAUGUGACAGCGGACAGUGCAUGUCAGGAGGCAAUUACUCACUGA